ACGGGCAGCAGCCAGGAGGAUGGAUGAUGGAUGGGGACUCUCGGGGGGCGCAAGAACCCAUCCAAUAAUCUACCCGCAAUUACUACUCCAGCCAAGUCUCUCGAUUGGUUCUUGGGCUCCCAUAAGUUUGACCGAUCCGCACCCAACCACCUCCCAUGGUUCUUGGUUCCUGGUUCCUCCCCCGGUUCUUGGCGACGGAACGCCGCCGCAUGGUGACGACCCCCGCCGCCGACGACGCCUAUUGCUCCGAUCCUCCUCCUUUGACUAGAGUCUCCCUUUGAAUUCAAUCGCGAGAUUAUUUUCGGAGUUGAUCGACAAUGGAUCACAGUCAGAACCACAUCCAUGACCAAUCCGCUGCAAACCUCUGCUAUCAGUUCGGUUCAGACAAUCCGUUCCUUGGCAUGGGGAUUCAGCAGCCAUUUGCGCCAUUCACCUCGCCAUUUGGUGCUUGCUCAUCCACCAACAUUCCCCACAUGGAUUGGGACCCAGCUACCAUGCUUGACAACCUCACCUUCAUUGAGGAGAAGAUACAUCAAGUGAAGAAUGUAAUACGUACAAUGGUGGACAAUGGCAGCCAGCUACCUUGUCGUCCAGGGGAGCUCGGCCAGCAGCAGCAGGUGGUCAAUGCAGACCUAACAUGUCUCAUUGUUCAGCUCAUCUCUACUGCCGGGAGCCUCCUCCCAUCAUUGAAGAACUCAUCCUUUCUGAGCCACCCCCCAGCUGGACACACAGGCAUCGUUAAACAUGUUGGGUCGAGCUCAAGCUUUGUUCCUAACGUAACAACCAUUUCUGAAGAACAAGAGGAAUUGUGUAGCCCUGAGGAUUACGAAGAACUUUUUAAGGGUUUCACUGAUGGUGCAAUGGAAGGAGGCAUUGAAAUUGACAAUGUUCUUGUCGAGGAGCUGGAUGCGAAGGAUGGUGAUGAAGGUGGUGAUGCUGGCAUGGAUGGCGAGAUCUUACCACCGGGCUCUUAUGAGUUACUGCAGCUGGAGAAGGAUGAGAUAUUGGCCCCACACACGCACUUCUGCACCAUCUGCGGAAAGGGUUUCAAGAGGGAUGCAAAUCUGCGGAUGCACAUGAGAGGCCACGGUGAUGAGUACAAGAGCCCUGCCGCACUAGCCAAGCCACCUAGAGACACAAGCGCAGAACACGAAGUGGUGAAGAGGUACUCUUGUCCAUUUGUAGACUGCAAGCGGAACAAGCUGCACAAGAACUUCCAGCCCCUCAAGACGAUCCUGUGUGUGAAGAAUCAUUACAAGAGGAGCCACUGUGAGAAGAGCUACACCUGCAGCCGGUGCCACACGAAGAAGUUCUCGGUCAUGGCAGACCUCAAGACGCACGAGAAGCACUGCGGCCGCAACAAGUGGCUGUGCUCCUGUGGAACAAGUUUUUCAAGGAAGGACAAGCUUUUCGCACAUGUAGCUCUGUUCCAAGGCCAUACACCAGCAUUGCCAACAGAGGCAAAGACUUCUUCAGACCAGAUCGGUGCCGUAGGUAGCCAUCAGGAACCAGCGAAGCUCCCAAACUCCAUGGGCAGCAGCUUCAUGUGGGGUACCUCCUCUGGUGGUAACAGUGCACUGGAUAUCAAAGGGUUCGAUGGCUGCAGCGAUGACUUCCUGUCAACAGUGAACUUUGGUUCCUUCAAUUUCAGUUUCGGGCCAGCUGAUGGAUUUACAGGAGAGCCUUCUGGCGGUUCGUUUCCGAUGAUGCCUUCUGAGCACUUCCAGAAUGCUCAGAAGAAGGGGAAGAACUAAACAUAGGUAGUCUCAGGCAGCUUCAGAUAUCUCAUCGCGUUGAUCUUGGGCAGCUUCAGAUGCACCAUCAACUCUGCUCGCUGUUUGCAUCCUCUCCACUGUAGUAUAACGUCACCGUUGCUUCCAUGGCAUUGUACUCGGCUGAGGAGUUCUUCUUUUCCUAGCCUGUUGUAUCCUAUGCGCUACUCUUAUUAUUCUUAGUCUAUUGAGCUUCCUUCUUGCCUCCUAUUUUACCCAAUGUGAGUGAGUGAAUGAUUAAUAUCUACCGUUAUUUGUC